UUACUUGUUUAUAACCGAAUUUCUUUUAGCAAUUUAUAUUUUUUGGAUGGGUCCGGAUAGUUAUAGUGAUAUUCUCCCGAGCUUUUCUGUCUCAAAUGUUGACUCACAAGAUGACGAACGUUUCACUUUGGACUCUGAGAUGGCUCAACAAUUUAUUCAAGCAAACCCAGAUUUGGCACAAUUCGCCUCAUUAUUAGCUAACAAUCAUACCUAUUUGGAGUUAUUAGAUCAACUUAUUUCUCAAGUAGACCAAGAACUUGAAUCUAACAGAAGAAUGCAAGGCAAGAUUCGUGCGAAAUUAUCACGGCCAUUUGAAAAUGUUCCACAAUCUCGAGCAUAUAGCAACAUAUCUGUGCCUUGCUGGCCUCCCUACUUUAAGGAUUCUGAUGGAAUGGCUCCUAAUAUGAACAGUGAAGCGUUAGAGAUUUCGAGGAUAUGCUCAGCUGACCCGUUAGUGGAAGAGGAAAAACGAUGGGUUCCAACUGAACUUGAGUUGCUACGGGAUUCCGUUUGUUCUUCGUUGAAGGAUGGCGAAAUUUCAUUACUUGAUUCUAGGUUUUGCUAUAUCUUUUUCAAAAUUACUGUUAAUUCAGAAAAGAAAUUUUUCAAAAAAAGUUGCGAGCUGCUGGUGUGGAAACAACUAAUGAACAGAGACAUAAUUGGAUUGACGAAUUCUCGCUCAGUGAAUGAUUUUCUUAAAGAACAUUCAAAUUAUGAUAGUGUUGAUUGGUCAAAACUUUCUGCACGUGAUUUCAAAGGUGUCCGAACAAUCUCACAACUUCGCCAAAAGUGGUGUAAUGAAAUGUGCCCACUAUAUAAUAAGUCAGCCUGGACACUUUCUGAAGAUGAAAAGUUAAUAGACUUGAGCAGAGAUUUUUCAAAUUGGGAUGUUAUUUCCGAAAUACUUGACGCUUCUCGACCUCCUUUUCUAUGCUUCCAACGGUUGAAUUAUUUACGACAGAAUGAACAUGAACCAAAAAGAUCAGAAAUUGCGCAAAUUGAUUUUGAUGCAUCGUGUAGGAGACGAAAUCCCUUGGCAACGAAGUUGGUUUGCAUUUUUAUUUUCAUUGAUUUUAUUAUUUUUAAAAUUUUCGUCGCUCUUUAUAUGCCUGGAAGAUCGAAAUUAAAUUGUGAAUAUCGUUAUACUCGUUCUCUUUCGGAAAAAAUACGUCAUGGACGUUGGACUGAGGGGGAAGACAUUCUUCUCUUAGAAGCAAUCAAUAAAUAUGGUCCACGAAAUUGGGUCAAAAUUUCUAACCAUGUUAGAGGACGUUCUGCUCUUCAAUGUAGAGACAGGUGGAUCCAUGUGCUCGAUCAUAAGCGGCGUGAUCGGCCUUGGACUUGGGAAGAACACAUGCGCCUCUUUUACGGUGUUCGUCUUUUCGGUCGGGAUGAAUGUGCCAAAAUUGCCAGAAUAUUACCUGGAAGAAAUAAUAUGGAUGUUCGAAUGCGAAUUAGGUUUUUGGUCAAGUUACAAAUUGAGGUAAAAAUGAAAGAGAAACCAGUCAUUUUUCGGCAUUUUGCGAAUAAUUAUAGUUUCUUCAAGACUCGCCGAAAAAAUAUUUUGGAUGAAUUUUCCAAAUAUUUGGAAACAAAACAAAAUGAUAAAAAAGCUUCAAUGGCCGCUAGACUUGGACUUGGAUCUUUUGUUGCAACGUCUAAUGUAGGAGUACAUUUGGAUUAUACAAAUGUAACAAAAUUGCGUGUUAAAGAAUUUGACGAUUGGAGUGUUAUGAAUUCUGGUAGAUGGAUGAAACAUCAAUAUAAAAAUCCGAAUGAACAAGACCAUAAUGAUUUAUUACAUGAAUUAGAACAACUUCCAGAUAAAAUACGAGAAGAGACUCUAUUAUGGCUUAAGGAAUCUGAUGUUAGAUUUGAAGCUGAAUUAGAACAAGAAAAAGAAUUACCAGAAGAUCCUAAACAAUGCGUAGAUUUUUAUAAUAAAAUGUUUACAGCUGAAAGGGUUGAUCAACUUUAUUCUUCUAUUAAUGAAUUGUUACCACCAAGGGAAUGUGAUAUUCUUUAUUAUAUCAAACAUCAAAGACGUCCACGAAAAAUUGGUGUUUUGAAGCAACGAAAAUAUCCAAAAAAGAAAAAAGAAAGACUAGCUAUGGAAGAAAUAGUUGCAAAUAUAGACAAAUUGGAUAAUACUCGAACUAUUGGACUUAGAUGGUCUGAUAAAUUAUUAAUUGAUUUAAAUAAAGAAAUGGUUAAACUUCCACAGGAGGAACGAAGACAUUAUUUAAUGGCUAAAUUAUGUGGAGCUAUUCGUCAUCGAAUGCAUCAUUCUACAGUAAAAAAAUUUAAAACUGAUGUGAAUUUUGUUGGCGAAGCUUUUCAACAAAUGCUUGAAUAUGUGAGAGAUCGUGUGAAUAAGGUACAUAAUCAAGUUAUUAUUGCUCCAAAAGAGCCGACAUUUAUCAAGCUUCCUACUCCUACACCUACUCAACCUCCACUUGUGUUGCCAUCAAAUUGGCGUAAUUUGACAAUGAAAGAGUUGAUACAAAUGAAAAUACCACCGAAAUUACUGAAUAGUUUAGCUGAAGCUGCACGAUCAGAACAAACUCAGGAAAUCUCUGUACCAGUUGUACCAGUCCACGAAAAAGAGAAAGAUUUAACAGUCAAGGACGCAUCAAUUAUUUCUAUUCAAAACAGAGUGAUGAAAAUGUAUUUGAAGAAUUUGUUACCGCCAUGUAUAGCGACUGUUACUUGUAUGGACCUUUAUAAUAAAACAAUUCGACAACAAUUAAAAAAAGAUUUGAACUCAUAUCGUGAUUUUGAGCCUGAUGCGCCUGGAACAUCAACGCAAACUCCACGAGUUUUUGAUCUAGAUAAGGCUUAUGGAUGGAGCGACAUCAAAGACAAAGUCCGGGCAACUCCUGAAUAUGCUCUUUUAAAGAUGAGAAUGUUUCGACUAUUUUUCUACCCAUUGGCGAUGGUUAAAGCUAUCAACGCUCAGCAAAAUAAUUUAUAAAACUUGACAUAAUUUGUUAACUUUAUGUGGAUGUGUGCACGAUCUCAUUGCGGUGAUCUUUUUUUUAUAAUUUUUCAAUAAUUUAUAAUAGACAUGAAGUUAUACACUACUUUUUGUCAGAAAUUUUUAAUUUAAAUUUUCAUAUAAAAUUAUUAAUAAAAAUCGUCGGAAUAUUUAAUACUCAAAAUAAAAUGCAC